CACAUGUUCAGUCCGCUUUGGCGCGUAAACAAGUAAAUAAAUACUUUAGCUAUAAACAAUGCCCGAGAGCCUGAUAGCCGGCAUUCCGGUGCACUUCCCGUUCGAGCCGUAUCCGGUGCAGCGGGCUUACAUGGAGAAGGUGAUCCAGUGCCUCCGUGACGGCACCAAUGGAGUCCUGGAAUCGCCCACGGGCACGGGCAAAACCCUGAGCCUGCUGUGCUCCUCCUUGGCCUGGAUCCGCACCCGCCAGUCGGAGCACCAGCAGCAGAUGAUCAAGAUGGAGAAGGCAGACCUACCUGGCUUCGGAGGAGGAGCACCUGGUGGGGAUCUCUCCGAGCUGGCCAAGACCGUGGGUCGUGCGAAUAACUGGGGCGUGCCCAAGGUCAUCUACGCGUCGCGCACCCACUCCCAGUUGACCCAGGCGAUGCGGGAACUCAAGCGGACGGCCUACUCCAAUAUGCGAUCCGUGGUCCUGGGCUCCCGCGAUCAGCUGUGCAUCCAUCCGGAGGUCAUGAGGGAGCAGGGCAACUCCAACAAGACGAACAUGUGCAAGCUGCGGGUGCACUCCAAGACCUGUUCGUUUCAAAUGCGCGUGGAGUCGCGAAAGGAUCACCCGGAUCUGCGGGGACCCACCAUUAUGGACAUUGAGGACCUGGUCAAAGUGGGCCAGCGCCUAAAGAUCUGCCCGUAUUUCGCAUCCAGGGAACUGGUUGCCCAGGCGGACAUCACCUUCAUGCCCUACAACUACCUACUCGAUCCAAAGGCUCGCAAGGCCAACAAAAUCGAGCUGGGCAACACCAUUGUGAUCCUGGACGAGGCCCACAACAUCGAGAAGAUCUGCGAGGAGUCCGCCUCGGUGCAGAUUAAGUCCUCCGAUGUGGCCAUGGCCAUCGAGGACGUCACGCAUGUGAUGAAGGUCUUUGCCAGCGGUGAGUCGCAGGACAUGGGCGGCGAUGAGCCCAAGGACUUCACCCUGGACGACCUCACGCUGCUCAAGGAGAUGCUGCUGGAGCUGGAGAAGGCCAUCGAUGCCGUCGUGGUGGACAACGCCAUCGACGGAACCACCUUUCCCGCCUCCAUGAUGUACGAGUUGCUCGGCAAGGCGAAUUUCUCCUACGGCAAUGUUGCCACGAUAGUGUCCCUGCUGGACAAACUGGUGCAGUACCUCCUGGUGGCCUCCCAGCAGAUGAGCAUCCGCAAAGGCGGCACCUUCACGAUGCUCAGCGAUCUGCUGACCAUUGUGUUCGCCAACAAGGAGGACGUGAUGAGCAAGGUGUACGCCAGCUUCAAGGUGCACGUCCAGAUGGAGGAGUCCAAGCAGGGCCAUGGAAAGCAGCAGGGUGCCAAGCAACAGGGCGGUUGGCUGGGCAAGGGAUCGAUUGCGGCAGCAAGUAGCUCCAGUAAGGCGGCCAAAAUCAUCAACUUCUGGUGCUUCAACCCCGGCUUCGGAAUGGAACAGCUGCUCAACACCCAGGUGCGCAGCGUAAUCCUCACCAGCGGCACACUGGCUCCGCUCAAGCCGCUGAUCGCCGAGCUGGCCAUUCCAGUGGCCCAGCAUCUGGAGAAUCCGCACAUCGUCGACCAGUCGCAGGUGUACGUCAAGAUCAUCGGCACUGGACCCGAUCGCCAGCAACUGAUAUCCAACUAUACCAACCGUGAUAAUCCGAAGUACAUCAGCUCCCUGGGCCAGACCAUUCUGAAUGUAUCGCGAAUAGUGCCCGACGGCCUGCUUGUCUUCUUCCCGUCGUAUCCCAUGUUGAACAAGUGCGUGGACGCCUGGCAGGCGAGUGGAUUGUGGGCGGACAUAUCGGGCAAGAAACCGAUCUUCCUGGAGCCGCGCAGCAAGGAUCAGUUUACCAGCACGAUGGAGGAGUUCUACCAGGCGAUACGUGAUUCCAAGGGCGCUGUUUUCAUGGCCGUGUGUCGAGGCAAAGUCUCCGAGGGUCUGGAUUUUGCCGAUCGCAAUGGUCGGGCGGUUAUCAUCACGGGCCUGCCCUUUCCACCGCUCAAGGAUCCCAAGGUGAUACUGAAGCGUCGCUAUCUGGAGGCGAAUAGAACGCGGGAGAACCAGCUACUAAGUGGUCAGGAAUGGUACAAUCUAGAUGCCACGAGGGCGGUGAAUCAGGCCAUCGGUCGUGUUAUCCGGCAUCGCAACGACUAUGGCGCCAUUCUGCUAUGCGACUCGCGGUUCAAGGACGCCUCUCAGGUGCAACAGCUGUCCAAGUGGAUUCGGGGUCACCUGGGUGACCGACCGCAGUGCUCGCCCUUUGGCCCCAUCGUCAGGGAGCUGCGCCAGUUCUUCAAGAACGCCGAGGCCAAUAUGAAACAGCCGGAUGAGCGGGAAGCGGAGCCGCCCUUGGAAACGGUUUGCAAAACCGAGGAUGAGCCACUGGCUGCCAUUCCCAAAAUUAAACGGGAGCCCGGCUCCAAUGCCACCUUCAAAGCAGCCCAUGAAACAGCCAUCAAAGUGGAGAUGGCCAAUUCCAUAAAGACGUGGACGCCCGCCGAUUAUGCCAGUGCCGCUGGACGAAAACUGGGUGGUGGUGCGGCGCCCAAUGCCAUGGACUUUAUGAGCCGCCUGGACUCCAAUGUCUCGAGUAUCGACUUCAACUGCUGCAUGGAUAGCAAAAGUGGUUCCUCUGACUUGGUAAAGAUUCAUAAGCGGGAGCGAAGUUCCCCAACGCCGCAGGAGUCUUCCAGUCAGGUGGCCAAAAAGCGGUACAAACUAGUGGAGAACAUCAAGGUGGAGCCGAGCAGUUCGCAGGUUAAAGAGGCACCCGAAUCAAGGGCCGAUUUUUUGCGAGAGCUACGCAGCUUGGUCAACCAGGAUGAAUUCCGCCGCUUCGGCAAAGCCCUGCUGGAAUACAAAAAUGGCAGCGAUGAGAGCUUCCAGGCCCUGAUGACGAUACUCCUAGAGAUCCUUUCCGCACCCAAAAUGCGCUACAUGCUAGUCGGAAUGCGGAAAUAUCUAAAGAACGAGCACAAGAAAGAGUUCGAUCAGAGGCUGGCCAAACUCUAGCUUAUAUGUGGUUGUUUUUUAAAAAAAUUUUGGAAGUUUACACAUCCCUAGGAUGUGCUUAUCUAAGUAUUUUUGAUAUUGGCUGUAUUUUUUGUAUAGGAAUUAAUGGGGACGAUUAUUUUUUUAUAAAACCUAAUGAAAAUAAAUAAUGCUGUGCUAUGUGUA